GAACGGAUCGAGAGAGAGAGAGAGGCAUCAGUGGAGGAAAACAGGGCGGACGUGUUGCAUCGUUGUCGCGCGUCCGUAGAAGACAAGUGAGAACGAGGGGGACGAUCGAACGAGAGGGUUGGCCACGACGAACGAUUCGCGAACAAUAAAUUCCCUGAACCUGUUUGCGAGAAGGAAGGAGAGAACAAAAGAAAGAAAGAAAGAAAGAAAGAAAGAAAGAAAGGAAAAGAAAUUAAAGAGAAAAGAACGACGAAAUAUUAUCAAAGAUAUAGACGAUAAUCGAUUAUUUAACGAGAGAGGAAGAGGGAGCUCUUCGUUAUCUAUUUGUCUCUUUCUCUUUCUCUUUUUCUUUCUCUUCCUUCGUAUCUCUAUCUUUCUUUCUCUCUUCGGUGAGCGAUCGGUUCGCCGAUCUACAUACGUUCUACCGGAUACGGCCAAUGAAGGCACGUAAGAGCCGCGAGAAACAGGGAGAACUUGAAGAACUCGGGGGCGUUUUAGGGGGUUCUGGAGGCGGCACCUUAACCUUGGGAGGACGUCACAAGCCCGAGGAAUUGGCAACCUUAGCAGCUAACACGAGAUUUUCAAGAAAGGAGAUACAAUUGAUCUAUCGCGGAUUUAAGCAAGAGUGUCCUUCCGGAUUGGUCGACGAGGAAGCUUUCAAACAAAUCUUCUCGCAAUUUUUUCCACAGGGAGAUGCCAGCCAGUAUGCUCAUUACGUGUUCAACACUAUGAAGAGGAAACACUCCGGUAAAAUAAGUUUCGAGGAGUUCCUGACGAUUCUAUCAAAAGUAUCUCGAGGUUCGGUGGAGGAGAAGUUACAGUGGGUUUUCGGAUUAUAUGAUCUAGAUGGCGAUGGAUUAAUCAGCAAGGAAGAAAUGUUGGAUGUCGUUGGAUCCAUUUAUGAAAUGCUGGGUCGUUAUACUCAACCGCAAAUAGUCGAGCCGCAUUUGGCUGCACGCGAACACGUCGAUCGUAUAUUCCAUCUAAUGGAUGCGAACAAGGACGGCGUUGUAACUAUCGAGGAAUUGGUGCAAUGGUGUUCUAAGGACGAGCAAUUAUUACGAAGUCUCGACACUCUAGACACAGUAUUGUGAGAGUUUAACGUUAUUUUCGUAUCUUUUCCAUUAAGUUAUCAAAAGCUUUUUCAUUUUCUUCCGCGAUCGAUAACGUACAGCGUAUAAAAGAGUUUCAUGAGUUCCAUUUAUGGAGGACGACCGUUCUAUAUUAAAUUCCGAUAAUAUUGUAUCUUCGAAUCUCUUUCUUACUAUUUCGAUAUAUUAUGAAAAAAAAGAAAGAAAACAAGAUUAUGCUUAGAAAAAAAUGUAUAUUUCGAGUUAACAGGGAUAGCAUAAAAACAGGAUCGUAUCGUAUAAACCUUAAAGGCAAUCAAAUCAUGGAUUUUUAAUGUUUCAAAAUAGUCACUGGUAUAGAAAUAUAGAAUGGUACGUCUCCUGAUAAUGACACUAUGAAAACUAUUUCAAUACGCGUUUGUAAAUAUGUAUGUACCUACCCUACCUACCCAGUCUUUCAACCGUGCCACGUCAGAGUACGAUAAUUGACAUUAUCGAAACUUUCAGCGGACAUCGUUCAAAUAGCGUGUCACACACUUAUAACUUUAUUAAAAUAUAGGAACUAUAUUUUACUUUAACGUAACUUCCACGAUUCAUGAUUACCGAUGAAAAUUUAGGUAGACGAAUUUCUUAAAAUUUUACUUUAAUUAUAUCGAUCGAUCGAUAUAUCGUAUACUUUAUUUCUUAAUUAAUUAUAAUAAAUCGAAAUAUAUCUUUAACGCUUUUUCUAAUUUUCAUCAAGUUCGACAUAAUUUAUUCUUUAGCUUUCUACACAUCGAUUUACAAAUGUACGAUUUUUAUACUUUUUCAUAAAUUUUAACUUAUAUUUAAAGCUUUGAAAUGACUGUUCCAAUGCAUAACCGUGACAGAAAAAUGCCAAAAAAAUAAAAUGAAAAAAAAAAAAAAAGAAAGAAAAGAAACGCGAACGGAUUUUGAUAUUAAAAACGUCAAAAGUGGAAGUACGUGAUAUCAAAGAGCUGAUUUCGCCGAAGAUAAUCUUAGAAAUUAAUAAUGGUGAAACUACAACAAAAUGAAUAAAAGAAAAUUAGAUUUUUUCGAUGCAACAAUUUUUCCUGGGGCCUUUUAAAUGCUAGUUAUGCUCGUUAAAAUGAAAAAGAAAAAAAGAAAAAACGUCUUUAUUCGUAUUUUAAAAUGAAAUCUUAGAGAAAUUCUCCGUGACCAUCUUUAAACGGAUUUUAAACAACAUUCCUCACUUAUAAGUGAUUUUAUCCAAAAUUAUAAACCUAUUAGCGGGCAUAUGUGUCUUAUCCAAAGGAUAAAGUGAAGAAAAAAAAUGAGAGACAUCCCAACGGAGACAUCGUCAUAAUGUGA